CUUUGUACAGUUGUUACAGAAUGUUGCUAUCAUUAAGGGGGGGAUAUUCAAGUUUAACAGCAGAAUUCCCUGUGAGAAACUACGUUACCCAGGAUUCUGCGAAAAAUCUCCACCAAUCAGAGAAUCGAAAUAAGCAAAUCGCGCCAAAAUAACCGCCAACUCCCCUGAAGCAAGUGAAUGUUUCGUUAUUUCAUUCGAAAUACCAAUAACUGGUAUGGUUUUGCAUGUUUGAUGUGUAUUUCUGACAGAAAAUAAAAUUUACCGUCACUGUUAACCGUUUUUAUCAUAAACAGUAGUAAAAUAUAAGCUAGAGCUCUAUAUUCUUCAGUUGAAGAUUAUAUAAGGCUGUCUUAGUAAUAUCCCGCAGUGAAUGUAAACAAAAACAACCCGUGCCGCUAGAGAUCUUUUAAAGUUAACAUUGUAAAAUAAUAGUUGCCUUUUAAAUUUUAUGAUUGGUGAUUGAUGAUUGGUGUCCGUGAGAUUGAAAACAUCUAGGGCUAGUUGCAUAAAAUUCGCAGAUUAGGCUAGUCUUUCAAGUUAGCCUUCUAAUUGUUUUCUUUAAGACUUUUUUUUAAAGUCAUUUAAAUAGAAAUGUAGGCUAGAUUGGUAUAAUUUGCAUGUGAAAAGUAAACUGCUAGUUGGUCAAACUGGUUCUCAAGACAGUCUUACAUAGUCUAGGCACCUGCUGGUCUAGUCAAAUGUUCUGACUCGCCAGAAGAAGCAAAGAUGUGAGUGAUUCCAAAAGUUGCCGCUAGGUGUCGCUGUAUUUCCAGUCUGUUUGUCGGCAGUAUAAGGAGGGGAGGGAGACGAUAAGACGCUGAUAAAUUUUCUAGAGUGAAAGAAAAGGAUCUCUCUCUCCACCGCCAGAACCUUGAGCGCAAACACAAAGAGGAAGAGAAAUACACUAUAUUUACAACCAUUUCUGUCCCAUCACUAAGUGGACAUACAACCUCGGGCUUCAUAACUAGACGUGCUUGCGGUUAUUUUGAGGUUAUUUGAACGUUUUCAUCGCUGCCCCAUUCAUCAACCUGCUCGCGAUAGAUAAGCCCGGCGGAGACGUAUCGAUCCAGCGAGUCAUGGCGAAAGAGCCAGAGCGGAACAGCUGCCUUCUGCGCGAUCUCCGGCAGCGAGCCGGUAAUGACAUCUGCGCGGAUUGCGGCGCUGCAGAGCCGGAUUGGGUGUCUGUGACGCUGGGUGUGUUCGUGUGUCAGGGAUGUUCGCUCAUCCACAGAAGUAUUCCCAGCCUCAGCCAGGUGAAGUCUGUGCUGCAGGACGCAUUUGAAGAUAAAGAAAUAGAGUUUAUCACCUCUAUGGGGAAUGAAGCAGCAAAGGCCAAAUACGAACAGCAAGUUCCUCCGUUUUAUUACCGUCCCUCCCACACAGACUGCAGGAUUUUGAGGGAGCAGUGGAUCAGAGCCAAGUAUGAGCGACAGGAGUUUAUAUACAUCGAGAGACAAGAGCCUUAUUCAGCAGGGUACAGAGAAGGGUUUCUAUGGAAACGUGGUCGAGACAACGGACAGUUCCUCAGUCGCAAGUUCAUUCUGUCUGAAAGAGAGGGAGCGCUGAAGUACUUCAACAAGCAAGACGCGAGAGAACCAAAGGCCAUAAUGAGGAUUGAAACCCUAAAUGCUACUUUCCAGCCAGCUAAAAUAGGAAACCCUUUCGGUCUGCAGAUCACCUAUCUCAGAGACAACAGCACCAGGAAUAUCUUUGUGUACCAUGAAGACAGUAAGGAAAUGGUCGACUGGUUCACUGCAAUCCGGGCAGCACGGUUUCAUUACCAGAAGGUGGCAUUUCCUGGAGCUAAUGAUGAGGACCUGGUACCCAGACUUACAAGGAACUUCAUGAAGGAAGGUUACAUGGAGAAAACAGGCCCACGGCACACAGAGGGCUUUAAGAAACGAUGGUUUACCAUGGACGACAGGAGACUAAUGUACUUUAAAGAUCCCUUGGAUGCAUACGCACGUGGCGAGGUGUUCAUCGGCAGUAAGGAGAACAGUUAUACAGUGGUGCCUGGCCUGCCGCCCGCUACCCAAGGAUACCACUGGAAGUACGGGAUCACUAUUGAAACCCCUGACAGGAAGUUCCUGUUCGCUUGUGAAACAGAGGCAGAGCAGAAGGACUGGAUCGCUGCCUUUCAGAGAGUCGUCAACCGACCCAUGAUGCCGCAGGAGUACGCAGUUGAGGCUCAUUUCAAGCACAAGCCUUGAUGUCGGCUGCAGACCGGCCGAUAUGCUACAGGCGGGACAGACUGGACAAUCAACAGCAAAUCUGUCCAAUGGCGUACAUGGAAGUGCUCCGGACCGAGCGAUUGCAUUGAAACGGCCCCUUCCUACCCUGAUUUAGUACUAGAGAACUGGACACUGGACUGUGUUGACGACGCUCCAGCAGCGACGCUGUGGCUUAGUUGUCGUGAAUGUCACUAUGUGUUACCAAAGCAGACAUACUGGUGUCGUCAGCCAAGCUACUGUACAAAUAUGGCAUGUGAAUGUUGUUCAUCGCUCUUAAACGUUAACAUUUAAUCUGUAAAUCACAAGGUGAGCAACGUCACAAAAUGGUUGCGUUUUCUUCCCAGUGCGUUUUGACUGAUGUUAUUUAUUGGAUUAUCCAAGCAAAUGCUGCUGUGAAGAGUAGUGGAUCCUCUGACGCUACGCAAAAUGACUACACUGCAAAAAAUGAUUUCUUACUCAGUAUUUUUGUCUUGUUUUGCAGUACAAAUAUCUAAAUAUUGACAUUAUUUUACGAAGUAAAAUGCCAUACGAUUUCUUUGUUUUCUGGAAAAAAAAAAGAAUCAAAAUUUUGAUUUUGCUUAAAGGUGACCUAUUAUGCCCCUUUUCACAAGAUGUAAUAUAAGUCUCUGGUGUCCCCAGAAUGUGUCUGUGAAGUUUCAGCUCAAAAUACCCCACAGAUCAUUUAUUAUAGCUUGUCAAAUUUGCCCCUAUUUGGGUGUGCGCAAAAACACAGCGUUUUUGUGUGUGUCCCUUUAAAUGCAAAUGAGCUGCUGCUCCCGGCCCCCUUUCCAGAAGAGGGCGGAGCUUUAACAGCUCAUGUUUCAGUUGCUCAACAACAACAAAGCUGGAGAAUCUAAUGCAGCCAAAAUGAGGAUUGUCAGUAACGGUGUUCAGCCUUACAUUGUUCAAACCGGAGUCGACACUGAUGGAGAGACAUUUCUGAAUGGUUAGUGGAUAAAUUUAUGUAGUUGCUGUGGAGUUGAUUCAACUCAUCGACUAGCAUGUGCCGUCAUGUUAAUCUUUUGUGCAAAUCCAGCGUUGAAUUGACCCUCGUUUGUGAAGCAGUCCGGCGUAAAAUGACGGCAUGACAACAACACUCUACUACAACAACUCUUCCUCUUUGUGUUCUCGGGGGCGGGGUUUAUGUACAUUUUAGGGUUAGUGAUGUCACCAACCUGUUAAGAAGCUCGUUGUAGUCCUUAAAAAGCGAUUUCUGUAAAAGAAAAUAUCUCUCUUUUCAUUGAACUUUGAGCGUCGUAACUUUGCAGAUGUUGUUUAUGCUCAAACAGCAACAUUACACACUAACUAAAGUUAAAAAAGUGAAAUCAUAAUCAAGGUCCCCUUUAAAACUAUUUUUUUUUUUUUUUUUUUUACAUUGAAUUAAGUUAAUCAUUCUGACCCCAUUAAGAUAUUUGAUCAUGUUUUAUCAUGUUUUAUUUCAAUAUCUUGCUUCUCAAGUAAAUGUAUCUUGUUAUAAGAAUGUUUAGAAUUUGUACCAGUAAACAAGACAAAAAUACUGAGGAAGAAAAUCAUUUUUUGCAUUAUAGGGGUUUCGUUCAUCUUAAAGAACCUGUUAGAAAACUGAUAUGAUCAAUGUGAAGGGCAGUUCAUUUAAUAUACUACAUACUACUUUUGUUGUCUGUGCAGGGCGCAUGUGUCAGAUUUCCAUAAGUCAUGAAGACAGUUCUGUUCUUGAUUUUUUUUCCUCCACUAGGUGGAAGCAUAUCACAGAUUAAGAAGCAUGUGCCCAUCAGUUCUUCUUACGCAGGUUGAUAUUAGUGAUAUAUCGGCCGAUAUUUGGCCAAAUUGAGAUUAUCUGCCAAAAACCAAGCUCACUUGAAUGAUUAAGACUAGUGAUAAUUCCCCUUAUCUUAGUCAGUAGGUAAAAAGGGUUUUCAGAUAUGAUUUUAUUGAGUGAAUAUUAUGUAUUUAAUUUAAGCAAUCUCUUUUGCUGCCAAUAAAUUGCAUUAUGUAUACUGUAUAUAUAUAUAUAUAUAUAUAUACAUCGGCCGCCCUGCUUUAUGAAUAUUGGUAUCUGUGACAAACACCAGUUGACCACUACUUUAUAUACAAUAUCCUUAAUUUCACCCAGACUAUAUCAGUUGACAUUGAAGGAUACAUCAGAGAAUUUUACAGGUUUUAUAUAAUGGAUAUGAAUGUUUAGAUGGCAGGUUGAGGUAAUAAUCUAAUCCUUAUGGACUGUCUGACUUGAGCUCAGUUCUUCUUACUCUUGUUCAGGUUAUGAUGCUAUUCAGGUGUUUUUCUUCUGAUUUGUUUAAAAUAAGGGUUAGUGAAUGUUUACCAAUGAAAACGUAUCAACAUUACUAUAGGUUUUUUUUUUUUUUUGUGGGUGGACGGGGGGGAUUGUACCAUGGUAAAGGAUAGUGUCAUCAUUAUUUUAAAAUAAACAAAAUAAGGUUGAUCAGGACCCCAGCAAGAAGUGCUUUAUUUUGUGAUAAAGACUGUCUGAUUGUACAUUAUCCUGCUUAUUAUGCGGCUACUUAUGAAUAAAUACAUGGAUAUUAAA